GCCCCUGUUCGUUUUUACAUUUUCUUUGGUCUCAACUCCCUGGACCCUCUCCUUGCAUUCUCCCCCUAAUGACUGUAUCUGUGUUUACCUCAUCAGUUCUUUCCUCAUACUCACUCUCCUGCAGCCUUGUGGCAGAGAUUCUUUGGGCUCUGUUUAUCUUGCCUCCUUUCACUCUAUCCUUUAUUGCUUGUGUUCAGAGAACUGUAAAUGGCUCCGUUUUGUGUAGGAUGUAGGGGGAUGGUUGGAGAUGAGGGUGGAAAGGUGGUUUGAUGCCAUGGCUCAGAGGACUUGAGAAGUUAGGGAGAUGAGGAAUGAUUAAGCAGGUUUCUGUGUGGGUUAUGAGGUCAUAGUGUUAAUCUGAAUAUAUUGUGUGGCCUGGGUUAAAAUGGAGAGAAGAGGUGGCAGGGAGUCAGCAUAGCGAAGGAGGCCCAAUUUGGGGAGGUAAGGUUUUUCUGAUGUUCAGCUUCCUCAACUAUGAAGAGAGCUUAGAUGGGUCCUUUCUCCCUCUUUUCCCCCAUCCCUGUGUUUUCAUCCACUGUUUUCACAUGAAGUGGCUGCUCUGCUUGAAGUGGGGUACCAGGGCUUAGGGUGCCAUUUUGUGACCCCUCCUUAAUCUUCAAGGGCAGUUUCUGAGGGACUUCAGAGAAUUUUAAGGCCCUUUGAAAUACAGUUUAAAAUCACUGAUUUGUGUAGUCUGAUUCCUAGCAGCUUUUGAGAUUGUGUUUCUCCUGCUUGUCAGUGUGCACCUGUCGUUUUGUUUUUCCCUACUUGUCAAAACAGUUAAGUAAUACAGAUAAUGCUGUGUUGGUGCCGGCUUGCCUUUAAAGACUCAGAAUCUUAGGCUGAGAAAAAAGGAUUCUGGCCGCACAUUUCCGCUCUUUGGUCUCUGAGUCAGGAGGGGAAUUCCCCAGUAAGGCAGCAUUCCUGAGAGUUGGGCCAGGUCACGAGGACACAUCAGAGAGGGGUGGAGUCUGACCCAGCCAGGCCGACAGCUCAGUUGUUGGGCUUACAAUUACCUUGACUAUCGCCCACAGGUGAUGGAGGACGAGGAGAAGGCAGUGGACACCUUGGUGAGCAACAUGGGAGCUGCUCAUUCUCCAUCCCCCAUCCGCUGCUGCUGGCUCCGCCUCCGCUACUUGGCAGCUACUAGCAUUAUCUGUGGCUGCUCUUGCCUGGGAGUCGUGGCCCUUGUGUUUGCCAUCAAGGCGGAAGAGCGGCAUAAGGCAGGCCGGUUCGAGGAGGCAGUGCACUGGGGGGCCCGGGCCCGGAACUUCAUCCUGGCCAGCUUUGCCGCCUGGCUUGCUGUCCUCAUUCUGGGCCCCCUGCUUCUGUGGCUGCUUUCCUACGCCAUCGCCCAGGCUGAGUGACCCUGGGUGGCCUCUGCUGAGAGUCAGCGAGACCUCCUGGAUCCUGCAGUGCGGCAUUGCUAGGGUCUGAGGCUGGCAGUGGUCCUUCCUGGCUGGAAGGAUGGUGCCUCUCUCAAAGGUCUUUGGAAGAACUCUUCUAGACCUUUCUAAAAGGAGGCAGCAGCUGAAACUGUUGAAGGGAGGCCAGCCUGCUCUGUUCUUUCAGUGCCCACCAUCCCCUAUUUCCCCCAGCCUACUACAUCCUAGGGGCCUCGACCCAGAGGUGGGGUUGAAGACCAGGCCUGAUUUUAUUAGAAUUUGUUUUGUAAUAAAAAUCUUUUUUAGUGGUGAAAUGUUCCUGUCUAAUUGUUGUUCCCCUACUUUCCCCGGGCCCUUGGCAAGAGCCAGACUGGACAUCUGACUGAUGGCAAAAGUCUGCGUUUUCCCUUACUUAGGAGCUCCAAGAGGAUUUUUCUUUUUUCCUUCUCCUAUGCUUGCGCUAAUUGGCUGCUUCUGAAGUCCCGCCCCAGCGUCUCAGCCUUAGGUAACUCCGAGCUCCAACGCCCGCGCCAGCCUCGGGACUCUCCGCUUCCUAUUGGACUACCAAUUUCCAAUCGGAAGGGUUUUUGAACCUCAGUCUUCACGCGGCGCUGGCCAUUGGCGGACAGGAUGGGGGCGGGGCCUGGGGUCGUUGCCGGCGCCGCCCGGGUGUAAGGCCCCCACCACCUUCAGAAUGACGCUGGACGUGGGGCCGGAGGAUGAGCUGCCCGACUGGGCCGCGGCCAAGGAGUUUUACCAGAAGUACGACCCUAAGGACGUCAUUGGCAGGUUGCUGUGAGGAUGGGAAGAAUUAGUAUGAUAGUCUUAGAACACCUCCUGGCACAUGGUAAGUGGUCAACACAAGUGUGUUACUACGUUUUUUUUUUUUAAGAUUUUAUUUAUUUAUUUAUUUGAGAGAGAGAGAAUGAGAGACAGAGAGCACAAGAGGGAAGAGGGUCAGAGGGAGAAGCAGACCCCCCGCUGAGCAGGGAGCCCGAUGCGGGACUCAAUCCCGGGACUCCAGGAUCAUGACCUGAGCCGAAGGCAGUCGCUUAACCAACUGAGCCACCCAGGCGCCCCCCCCCUUUUUUUUUUAAAGAUUUUAUUUAUGUGUGUUACUACAUUUUAAAAAGAUCACUCUGGCUCUUGUGUAGAGAAUGGAUAGGAGGGGAACAAGAAUGGAUGUGUAGAGACCAGUUAGGAAGCUGUUGAUUGAUUCAGGCAAGAGAUGGUGAUGGUUUAGGUUUGAAUGGUGGUGGUAGAGAUGGGGAGAAGUGGAUAGAUUGAGGUGAUGAUUUGAAGAGAGACUGAUACAGAUUUCCUCAGAGACCGGAUAUGGGCCAUAAGAAGAAGGGAAGGAAACAAGAAUAAUGUCUAAGGUUUGGGUUUGAGCACCUGAGUACCAUUUUCUGAAAUGAAGAUGGCCAAGGAGGAUUGGACUGCCAGGAGGGCCAAGCAAGUCAAGAGUUCAAUUUUGGAGAUGUGAACUUUGAGAUCUCCAACUGGAGCUGCCAAGUAGGUACAUGUGUCUGCAGCUUGAGAGAGAGCUGGACUAGAGCAAUAAAUUUGGGAGGCAUUAGCAUAUACGUAGUAGCUGGUGAGAAGAUACAUGGGGAGAGGUGAAAGGGGUCAAGCUCAGGCCCUGGGGCAUGUCACCAUUAGGGGGUUAGAAAAGGAGGAGUCAGCAAGGGAGACUAAGGAGAGAGCAUCUGUGAGUUAGAAAUAAAAACACAAAAAGAAUGUGCUUCUAGAAGGUUGGCGUGGUCUGCUGUGAUCAGUACUGCUGAGGCCAGGAAAGCAGAAAGGGCUAUAACUAUUAGAUUUGUUCAGACUCCUUUCAGAUAUCACAUGGAGAUAUUAAAAAGGCCUUUGGGAUCAGGAAUUCUGGAAAGGAACCAAGGUUUGAGGCAGUGCGGUGGGAGCCGUUUGUACAAAUGGUACUUAAAUGCCCCGGGACUGGAUGGAGGUCAUCAGGGAGAAAGAGUAUCUGGAAAAGAAGAGAGCUGAGAUCCAAGUCCUAAGCUGAUGCAGGGUUUCAGGACCAGGUGAGGCUAGGAGAGCCCUUAGGGCAGAACAGUGGUUCCACUUCCAAGGGGCGCAGAAAGAUCAGUUUUGGAGAAAGCAGAUCAGG